UGUCGGCCAGGAUGGUCUUUGUCUCUUGACCUCGUGAUCUGCUGGUUUUGGCCUCCCAAGGCACUGGGAUUGCAGGCUUUAGCCAUGGCCCCCAGCCUGCCUUUGUUUAUUUAUUUACUUAACUACUUAUUUAUUUACUUAGUAGUAAGCAGACCAUCCUGCAUUCAUUUAUUUUUUUAAGUCUAUAUUUAUUUGUUUAUUUAUUUUCAUCUUAUUAUUUUUUUAAAUAGAGACAGGGUUUUUUUCCACCAUCUUGGCCAGGCUGGUCUCGAUGUCAUGAUCUUGAGUGAUAUACUGGGCUCAGGCUCCAAAUGGGUGGGGAAUUAAAAGCAUGAGCUACUAAGUGAGGUUAUUUAUUUAUUGAUUUAUUUAUGUAUCUAUUAAUCAAUGUAUUUAGAGGCAAACCUGCAUUCAUUCAUUGAUUUACUGACAUACUUACGGAAAAACAGGUUGCAUUUAAUUAUAUAUAUUGAGGCAACCUUGGAUUUAUGUAUAUCUAUCUACCAAUCUAAUUAUUUAGAGGCAGGCUUACAUUUACUUAUUUAUUCAUUUAGACACAGGCUGACAAUUAUCUACUUAUGUAUUUGUGUGGAGGCUUGCAUUUAUACAUUUUCUUAACUAUCUAAUGAUUUAGAGGCUGGCUUGCAUUUCUUGAUUGACUGAUUGAUUGAUUGAUUCAUUGAUUUUAGAUGGAUUCUUGUUAUCUCACCAGGCUGGAGUGCAGUGGCGCAGUCUUGGCCCACUGUAACCUCCCCCUCUUUAGUUCAAGUGAUUCUUCCACCUCAGCCUCCCUUGUAGCUGGGACCCCAGGAGCAUGCCACCAUGCCUGGCUAAUAUUUUUGUAUUUUUAGUAGAGACCAGGUUUCUCCAUGUUGGCCAGGAUGGUCGAUCUGUUGAGCUCAUGUUCCACCUGUCUUUGCCUCCCAAAGUGCUGGGAUUACAGGACUGAGCCAUCUCCUCCAGCCAUUAUUUAUUUACAUAAUUACUGAUUUAUUUACUUACAGGCAGGAAGCCCGGCUUGCAUUUAUUUAUUUAUAUUUUUACUUAUUUAUUUAAUUAUUUUCAUCUUAGUAUGUUUUUAAAUAGAGACAGGGAUUCUUUCACCAUCUUGGCCAGGCUGGUCUUGAUGUCCUGAUCUCAGGUGAUAUAGCUGGCUCAGGCUUGCAGUGGGUAGGGGCUUAAAAGCAUGAGCCACCAAGUGGAGCUGCUUAUUUGUUGAUUUAUUUAUCUGUCUAUUAGUUGAUUUAUUUAGAGGUGGACUUGCAUUUAUUUAUUUGCUGACAUUUAUGGAGAAGGAGGUCGAAUUUACUUAUUUAUUUAUUUAUAUAUUUGGAGACGGGCUUGGAUUUAUGUAUUUAUCUAUCUAGGUAUCUAAUUAUUUAUUGGCAGACUCACAUUUACUCGUUUAUUUUAUUUAGACCCAGGCUCAUAACAUUAUUUUUAUACUUAUGUAUUUGUGUGCAGGCUUGCUUUUAUUCAUUUUCUUAACUGUGUUUCUCCUGCCUCAGCCUCCUAAGUAGCUGGGAUUACAGGCUCCUGCCAUGAUCCCUAGCUAAUUUUUUGUAUUUUUAGUACAGAUGGGGUUUCACCAUGUUGUCCAGGCUGGUCUGAAAGUCGUGACCUGAGGUGAUCCACCCGUCUCGGCCUCCCAAAGUGCUAGGAUUACAGGCAUGAGCCAGGCAGCUUUCUACAUUUUAAAAUUAUACUAUUUACCCGUAGCACCAAGAUUUUGGCUCAAUAUAGUCUCAAAAUACCAUUGCCCAGUGAAAGAAAACAAGCCUUCCUGGGAAAGUGCUGAUUCCAGGUCUAGGCCAGAAAUGUGUAGGGAGCCUGGAACAUAUUGUCACUCUGGAUAGCAAAGAAUCCAUCAAAGAUUAUUAGGAUGAUUUCAACAUGUCUGAAGGGCCAAUCUGAAGGGACUCCUUCUAACCAAAGAUAGGACAUUUUGUACAUUAAUAAGGAUAAUAGUUGCAGUGAAUUGAGAUAUAUCAGAUAUGUUUGAAUAUCUGCAUUCAUAAUGAUCCUUUUGAAAAAAUAAAAGUGGGCUGGCACAGUUCCUCAUGCCUGUAAUUUCAACACUCUGGGAGGCUGAGUUAGGAGGAUCACUUCGUCCAGGAGUUCAAGACCAGCCUGUGCAACAUAGGGAGACUUUGUCUCAUCAAAAUAUUUUAAAAUUACUCAGGUAUGAGGGUCCGUGUCUUUGGUUUCAGCUACUUAGGAAGCUGAGAUGGGAGGGUCACCUGAGCCUAGAAGUUUGAGGCUAUAGUGGCAUGACUGCUUCUCUGCAUACCAGCCUGGGCAACAGAGCUAGACCCUCCUUGUCUAAAUAAAUUAAUUAAUAGAAGUGGUCACCAUUGAAGGAUAUAAAUGAAACAGCCCAUCAUUUAAAAAAUGGUAAACAGAAGAAAUCAAGCCUUGAACUGGUGUUUUCUAUAUAAGUUGUAGAAGUGAGUAACACAGUUUAUAAGAAGCAGCAUCUCUUUUUUGUAUUUGCUUCAUUUUUUUCUUCAUGCAAGGCCCUUCUUCGGGUAGCAGUAUCUCUUUCUGGAAGUAUGGCAGCUCAUAAACGAAGAAGGAAUGAUACAACAAUACCUUCAUUGUUCAAUCCACAAUUGAUCAAUGGCCAUUAACAUCACCAAUUAAAAAAAAAGAUGUCCAGAAAGUACACACCUCCUUCCAGAAGAAACUAGCACAGUCUUUGCCCUGACCCUCAAGUCCAACCUGAAUCUCACCAAGUCUUGAGAUCAAACUACUAAUUUAUCAAAACCAGAACAAAGUGAAGAGCAAGUUCACCAACAUCACAAGAUACAAUUAGCAAAAUUCACAGUAUGAGAAACAGCAUAAUAAGAACACACUUAGCGUAAUCCAAACUAUGGGGAAAUGGCCUGAUUUAUUCUAUAAAUGGACUGCAAGGGACAGCACAGAGAUCAAAGUGGGAAGUUGUUAGGAUAAAAAAAACCCUAAGAGGUGAAUCAAACAAUCCCAAGGAGAGACUUUAUUUGGAUCCUGAUUCACACAGUAAAUACAUGAAAUGACUGGAAAUUUGGAUCUAGAAGGAGAGUUGACAGUGAUAAAGAGCAAUGGUGUGAGAUGGUUGGUUGAUGAUGGUAUUGGGAUUAUGAUAUUUUUUAAAGAGUUCUUGUCUCCGGGCAUGGUGGUUUACACCUAUAAUCUCAGUAAUGUGGGAGGUCAAGGUGGGAAGAUCCUUUGAAUCCAGGAAUUCUAGACCAGCCUGGGCAACAUAGCAAGACCCUGUCUCUACUAAAAUACAAAUCAAAAAAUUAUCUUGGCAUGGUGGUGUGAGUCUGUAGUUGCAGGAAGCUGAGGCAGGAGAGGCCACAGUGAACCAAGAUCAUGCCACUAAACUCCAGCCUGGUUGACAGAGACCUUGUCUUGAAAGAACAAACAAGAAUCAUAUCUUUUACAGACAUAUACCACGAUAGUCAGGGAGGAAAUUAUAUGAUGUGUGGGAUUUGCUAUAAAAUCAUGAGAGGGAGAGGAGAAGCAUGUAGGAGUAUACAUGUAAUGAGAUUGGCUAUCAGAUAACAAGUAUCUGAAUCUGCUGCUGAGUAGGUGAAAGUCACUACACUAGCCUCUUGUUCCAAAAAGCUUGAAUAGAAAGUUUGUGUAAAAAUCCACUUCAUGGAUUUGUAACAAGCAUUGAAUAAGAUCAUGUAUACAGAGUGUUUUAUCAUCAUGGCUUGCAGGUAGUCAGCACACAAACAUUGUUUUUAGUUUUGUAUAGUCCCUGUCCAUUAAUCACACCCAAAAAAGGUAUGUUGUUCACACCAAGAGCUCUGGCCCAUAGACCUUUGUCCACUUGAUGGUAAUUUAUUGGAAUUUGAGGUUUAGAAUGAGGAAAUACCAGCCUUCAAAGCCCCAGGCCUAUUAUGAAAUAGCAAAGCCAAUGGUCCCAGAUGCCUUCGUAGCAUACCUAGUAAGUAGGACCAUUUUUCUCUCACCUUGUAGGCACACUUGAGUUCAUUCACUCAUUUUUCUUUCUUUCUUUCUUUUUUUUUUUUUUUUGGAGACAGAGUUUUGCUCUUGUUACCCAGGCUGGAGUGCAAUGGCAUGAUCUUGGCUCACCGCAACCUCUGCCUCCUGGGUUCAGGCAAUUCUCCUGCCUCAGCCUCCUGAGUAGCUGGGAUUACAGGCAUGUGCCACCAUGCCCAGCUAAUUUUUUGUAUUUUUAGUAGAGACGGGGUUUCACCAUGUUGACCAGGAUGGUCUCAAUCUCUUGACCUUGUGAUCCACCCGCCUCGGCCUCCCAAAGUGCUGGGAUUAUAGGCGUGAGCCACCGCAUUCACUCAUUUUUCAUUCAUUUCUUAUUUGCCAUGUAUUGGGUACUAGGGAUCCAUAAUACAGUUGGCCCCUAAUUGAAUGGAAGCAUCAAUUUCAAAGCAUCAUUUCAGGAUGAGUAUUUUGUGUCAAGUGGAUUCAAGGAACAGUGAGAAGGAUUCAUGGCCUCAGUCAUGAAGACCCUCCCAAGAGCCAACCAUCCUGGGCACAUAUAAAUGAGUGGAGACAUGGAGCUCACCCUUACAAGGCCUAGAACCUGACAGAGCAUACAAGACAGAAGCCCAAAUAACUAAGAACAGAUAUCUGAAGAUGAGAAGUGAGCCCCAAAGGAUCCUGUGAAAAUGCUUUGUGUUUGUGGAUUUAUCACGCAGAACGAAACCUUUGUUUUUAUUCACAGGUUAGACACACUCUAUAUAUAGAAUCUAUGAAGGGACAUUUCUGGGUUUUUUGAGGCCUGUGGUGAAAAAUGGAAUAUCUCAGGCUGCUCAGGAUGAAUAAUGCAGUCACCAAGAGGGACAGGGUGGCCACAGGUGGCCAGCAGCAGGGAUGGGCAUUGUGAGCCUUUGGAUGGGGUUGUGGGAAGUGGCAUUGUGAGCCACUGGCCUGACUUUGUUGUUUCAGGUGACAUAGGAGGCUUUGUGGGUAACAGGCAUCAGCCAGGGCCAGCAGCCUUCAGUCAGAAGCUGGUAGUGGGAGGAGGAGGAGCUCCGACUACUCACAGAAGUGUUUGUGCCCUUGGUGCUUGCUCUGUUGCUUUGCUUUUUCUUCCUUUUUUAUUUUUAUUUUGUGUGUUGCUUUGUUUUUUUUUCUCUUUUUUGUCGUUUUUUUUUUGAUGUUUGUUGCUUUGUUUUGCUUUUUUCUUUUUUAAAUUUCAUUUUAGGUUUGGGGGUACAUGUGGAGAACAUGCAAGAUUGUUGCAUAGUCCCCUUGUAGGUCACCCAUGGGGAAUUGCCUAGGCCCCAGGGCUGGCCUCAUUUGUGCCUGGUGCCAGGAGGCAGUGGCGUCAUGUUGUGAGACUCAGUCUGUGGCAGCUGCAAACACCAGCAUCCACUACUGCAGAGCCUGCCAUGUUACAUCCAGGAGUGGUGGAGGUCCAGGACGUGCAGACCAUCAAGUCAAAGCAGCACAAAGGUUUGGCUGGUCGUGUCAGGAGCUGGGUACAAAAAAAACGGAGGCGUAAGAAAAUUUGCCCCAAUGAAAAUGAAGCUCCUGGUCAAGAUGCAAAGGAGUGUACAACUGAAAAGCUUCAGGAGGAGACGUCACCUGACAUAGAAAAUGCUACAGGUGAAUAUCACCACACUCCUGCUGAUGACUCAGAAGAGUGUACACUUGGCAAUGAGGAGGAGGUGGUGGCCUCUGACACGGAGAAGCCUGCGGCCCAGCAUGACCGCCGUCCUGUUGAGGUCCUACAGGGCCUCAUUUUAGAAGGCAUUGAAGAAGAUGAGAUGCCCCACGACCUGGAGAAGCCUGCGGCCCAGCAUGACCGCCGUUUUGUUGAGGUCAUACAGGACCUUAUCUUAGAAGACGUUGAAGAUGUUGAGAUGCCCCUUGAUGUGGACACAGUGACGGCCUCAGUUGUCUGCCGUAAGUAUUCUUUUUUUAAACUGCUUUAUUUUCACACAGUUGACAUUCAAAACAAUUCACUUAUUUAAAGUGGGUGAUGUAGUGUUCUUAGUAUAUUUACCAAGUUUUGCAGCCAUUGUCACCAUUUAAGUGUAGAAUCUUUUCAUUCCUUCUCAGAGAAACCCUAUAGCCAUUAGUCACUUCUCUUUUUUCCUAUGGCCCACACCUCUGGCCCUAGGCAGCUGCUAAGCUACUUUCUGUUUUUCUAGAUUUGCCUUCUCUGGCAAUUUCUCUUUUAAUUUAAAUUUGAUUUUAAUUUUUGGGAUACAUGUGCAGGAUGUGCAGGUUAGUUACAUAGCUAAAAGUGUGGCAUGGUGUGCUGCACCUGUUAACCCUUCACCUAGGUAUUAAGCCCCACAUACAUUAGCUCUUUAAUCUGAUGCUCUCCUGUCCACUUCCUCCACAGUGUGUGUUGUUCCCCUCUCUAACGUUGUACACAUUCUAAUAUCACUUUCUUUCUAAUGGCAAAUCUAAGUGAUAAGUCAGGGGGGAU